GAAAAAAAUAUUUAAAACAAAAUUAUUAUAGUUACAGUUUUCAAUUAUAAUUUAGUUUUUAGUGAUAUAUUAACAUAAACAUUGGGUUACGUGAAUAUGCAGCAAAAGAAGUCGACUUCCUCUGCCACAAAACGUGAGGAACAUACUACGUGAUUAAAGAAUACACGGGCGCACAAAAACAACGCAACACUGGUAAUCAUUCAAUACGAUUUUAGUUCAACUAGAGCAAUACAAGCACUUUGCAAAAACAUUGCUGUGUUUUAUACUCAUUAUUUUGAUUUGCCAUUGUCAGAGAGAAGCACAAUUUUGAUUGAAAACCGAGUUUGUACGGAGUGUAUUUGGUAUUUUAGACAGUGUAUAGAUAAAUUAAAAUAAUUAAAUAAUAGCGGGCUUUUGACUUUGAUACCAGGAUCAAGAAUUUGAAAAAGUUGGAAGCAGCUCUGCCACCCUACCAACGCGUCGCAGUCAACGUCGCAGUAGCGUUGCCAUCAUUGUACCCAUCAUAUUUUGUUCGUUUCAAUUCAUCUGCGGUUUAGAGGAGCAGAGCGAGACUUUUAAAUGCGCCCAGAAUCCUUCCGGAUAUAAACCGCGACAGAUAUAAGCACACGUUUAUAUUUCAUUUUAGUGGGAACUUCUCUCAGCUUUGCCAUUGCAAAUCAAGACCCCAGGAGUACAAAUUAUGARUGUUAGUGAAGAAGAUACUACUUGUACAAAUCUGGUAGAUAGCAGGUCAAAUAAUAUUGUGACAACAAAUUUAAACAGCAAUAGUACUUUAAAUUAUAUACCACAAGUGGCAUUCAUUACACCAGCCGUUGAGCCAUUCCCGUUUCCUCUGAACACUGGGAAUGUAAAUACAAUGCAGACGUGUUCAUCAUAUGCUCCAUCUAUGCUAAACGUAAUUACAUGUGCCCGCAACGUCAUGAAUAGCCAACACAAUAACGCAGGUUUUGUAAUGUCAAAAAAUGCUCAUAACUCUACUGUAUCGGUAUCAGCAACCACAGUGCCUAUUAACACUGGUGUUGAUGGAAGUGGAAGUUUAGCCACGGCAAACAGUAUAGGGAACCAAGCAGAUGGAACAAAUAUCAAAGUAGAAGGAGAAGUUUUGGAAAUGUUACAUAAUUCUGUAAUCCCAGCUUCUAUACUAGUCCGUAAUCGACARCAAUAUUCUUCAGCUGAGAGCGCCAAAAGCACGAUUGGCACAUCAGCUCGCUGUGGAGUUGGGAAUGGGAAUCAGCCGACUUCUUUAACAAUAUUGAAUCAGGAACUUGUSAAACAAAUCGUAGUUGGUAACCCACAAAAAAGUAGUGUCCUACCACAAUCAACCUCAACAAAUGCAAACAAUACUCUUAAUUCAUCUCAAACUCUUCUGAAGUCGUCAUCAGCAAUGACAAAUCUUGGAAGUGUCAAGCACCAAAAUACCUCCAACAAAUCUACAACAACGCUGAUGAAAGCACCGGUAUCUUCUGCUCCAUCAAAUAUCUCAAGCUCAAUCGGUAUAACUACAACUCUGAAGAAAUCGUCUCAACAAAUCAAUGCAUUACAAAAUACAAGUGUUUUACAACCUCUUAUUAAUGCUAAACUUCCCCUCUCRGAAGCUGCCAAACUCGCAGCAGGUGAUUCAAGUAUAAUAAGCCAAAGUAACAUAUGCAAGGAGUUAAGAACUGAUGAGUGUACUACAGAUUUUUCAUUUAACCGAUUACAAAAUAUACCUCAACAAUCAUCUACUUCAUCACUAGAGCCAUCAAUUCAAACAAAAGGAACCGCCACGAAAACAGCUCCAGUUACAAAUGUAACGACAAAUAAUAGCAGUUCGUUUAAGGUAGAGAUCGAUCUGUCUAAACCUGUAUUGGUACAAGCAAAACUUGUUGAAAAACAGGAAUCACUUCUUAAAGUACGCCCUGUUCAACGAGUUUAUACAAGUAGCACCAGCCCUCGUUCAAAACGGUCUAAAUCACUGAGCUGUGCUUUCAAGGAGGUCCCCCUAACGAGCGCUUCACUUAUGGUGAAACAGAGACAAACUUCCUUGCUAACAUCUGAACAUACAUUGUCGGAGCGUCGUCACUCGACCACAUCUGAAGGAAAAAGUAUAAAACAUAAAGCUAGUCCUCCGCGACGUAAACAAACAUUGAAUUCCAAAUGCAAUGUUUUUGAAAACGAAUAUGAGAUCAUAGAUUUAAUUGAUUAUAAUGAGGUGAAUCACGAAAUAAACGCUGAGGAAGAGCAAAAAACAAAUCAAGAAAAAGAAAAUAAUAUAAAAGGAUCACCAAUUGUUGAAGAUAUAAUAGAAAAUCAACAAGAGUUUGAAAACAACAUGAAACCACCACCACCACUUAAAGAUACGGAUAAAAAUUCUUUAUAUAAUACUACAAAAAAGGAUAUUACAAAUAUUCCCAAAAUAGAAGAACCACCAAAAUUCUCAUCUUCUGAAAAAUUUUCGGAAAAAUAUACAUGUAUGGAAAACGACCAUAUUGAGGACACUUCAAAAGAAUUUGAAAUUAUAAUUAAGAAUGUUGAAACUGACCCACGAGAACAACAUACUGAUAAUUUUGAGAAGACCGAGAUUUUAGUUCAGGACUCAAAAGCUGAAGAUACCCAGACCUCUGUAGAACGCACCCAAGAUGCGUUAGAAAAAUCACUUUAUUGUGAUGAAAAAAUAUCCGUUAGUUCAACAUCAUCUGCAUCUACCUCUUCCAGUCACCAAAGUUUGCAUGAUGAUUUACAAAUGCCGUCCUCUUCGAACGUUACCAAAAACAUGUCAGCCAAUCUAAACCAACCCAGUACUUCGGCAGCUGCUGGCAAUAUGUUAACAGCACCACCUCCUGCAAAAGCCAUUACAACCGCUGUAGAAGACGCAUUAUCGUGUGCUUUAAAAAUGUUAUCCAACUUCAAUAUGCUAACCUGGAAUCAACGUGUCGGUAGUGCACGUGGCACUAAUAUGCGCUUCCAAUUGAACGAAUUUAAUUUUAUUGAAAUAAAUGAACGUUGCUCGCCACGAACACGUAUCCACACAGCUUACGAAAAGCCUAUUUAUGAGCGAGAAUCGGUUCCAUAUUUAAGUGAAAAUCACAAUAGUUUAUUGUAUUUAUGUAGGCGGUGUAAUUGUCAUGGACCAGCACUGGAUUUUUUGGCUCCAGAAUUUUGUUCUUUAGAUUGUUUGAAACGAGAGUCCCGUAAACGCCGGCAUGAGGAAUAUACAACCUUUUCACGCAAGCGAAAAACCCAAGAAUUAAACGUUCCAGCUCCCAGCAAAAAAUCCUUCCGUUGGUCAACAUAUCUCCCAGAAAAAUUCAAUGCCAUCGCAGCACCUGUAAAUCUAUUUAUUAAUCCAUUUCCAACUGGACCCAAUCGUUUUCAGAUUGGCAUGAAAUUGGAAGCUAUUGAUCCAGAGAACUGUUCACUAUUUUGUGUAUGCACGAUUGUUGAUAUACAAGGAUAUCGCUUGAAGUUAACAUUUGAUGGAUAUGAAUACAUGUACGACUUCUGGGUGAAUGCCGAUUCCAUGGACAUUUUUCCACCAGGAUGGUGUACRAAAACUAAACGUAUUUUGCAGCCACCAAAGGGUAAAACUAUUGAUCAAUUUAACUGGUUGCAAUACUUAGCAGAAUGUAAAGCUAUAGCAGCGCAACGUGCUCUAUUUACACAUUUAAAUGUAUCCUUGGGUACUCAUAAUCCAUUUAAGAUUGGAAUGCAUUUGGAAGCCGAGGACCUCAACGACACCGGUAAGCUAUGUGUUGCCUCCGUUUCGGAUGUGUUAGAUAAUCGCAUACGUGUGCAUUUUGAUGGUUGGGAUGAUUGCUACGACUACUGGGUGGAUAUUAGUUCACCCUACAUACAUCCUUGCGGCUGGCAUGUAGGAAGACAACAAUUAAUCGUACCACCCGAAUUUGAAAAUACUACAUUCUCGUGGGCUGACUAUAUAAAAAAUCAUGGCAGUGGCAUGGCCGCAACAGAAGAGAUGUUUUCCACCCGCGAUCCAAUAGAUUUCAAGCCGAAUAUGAAACUGGAAGUUGUUGAUCCACGUAAUCCCUCACUAAUACGUCCGGCUACAGUUAUCGGUCGCAAAGGACAUCGCGUUAAAUUACAUCUGGAUUGCUGGCCAAGUAAUUAUUGCUUUUGGUUGGAAGAUGAUAGUGCGGAUUUGCAUCCGAUUGGUUGGUGUGAUGCAACUAGUCAUGAUCUAGAACCUCCACCUGGCUAUAGAAUGCGCUCAACGAAGAUGGUAUGCUCAACUUUUGGUUGCCGCGGCAUCGGUAAUGCCAAACGGCUUUAUAUAAAUACGCAUACGACACAAGAUUGUUGCCCAUAUACGCCAGAAAACUGGCGACAGAAAACUGAAAAGCCGCCACGUCUGGAACAUGAAGAAAUUGUACGCUCAGAAAUGAUGGGUAAGCGAGAUAUGAAGCAAAAACAGCCAACAUUAAAAUGGAAGCAAUCACAGCCAUCUCAACCAACACAUUUGAACGAAGCGGAUAUAUUGCAACAUAUUAAACUUUUGGAUAAUAUAAAAACACGCCACGUAAUUCAGCAGGAAAAACAGCAAAAACAAAUUCCACAGGUAAGUGCGAACAGAAUUGAAAUCGGUUCCGCAAGAGAACAAAAAUCCUUAAUAAAAGCUGAACAUUCGGACAAGUCCAUUGCAACUGCUGUAAGAGUUUACCAACCGGUAGACAGUACAACUGCGGAACAAUCAACAUCUCUUCUAAUUCCACAAAUAAAGAUUGCCAAAGAGUUUCUCUGUGACUAUGGUCCGCGUCUGCAACAAAACUAUAAUAUUUGGCAACGUAAUGUCGCUUUCGAUAUGCAACGUAUUAAACGCAACCCCCUGCUUUGGUCAACAAAGGAUACAUGUGCAUUCGUUCAAUGUGUACUACGGAAUGCCGAAAUAACUGCAAUGUUUCUGCGUGAAGAUAUCGAUGGUAGUGCGCUUUUGUUGCUUCAACAAUCCGAUCUUACCGAAAUUCUCGAUUUGAAAUUAGGACCCGCCGUAAAGUUGUUCUCAUGCAUUCUUCAACUACGCACACUGGCUGUUAUCAAGUUCAAUGUAAAGUUAGACACCACCCGAAGUAGCAAUUAACAACAUACUCAUGGCAGUGUGCUCCCUCAGCCAAUAUUGUUUUCCAUGGAUAUACGUAUAAUAUGUACAUUAACAAGUUAAUUUCUUAUUUAUAUGACAAAGACAUAAAUAUGUAUAUAUGCUAUUGUUGUUGAAUUACAAUACAUUGAUUCUUUAAUCCAUAUUGCAACUGAAUAUAUUAGAGAACGGUGAUGAGUUUGUAUAUUUUAGAUUUGCCUAAAAUUGUUUUUAUUAGCAAAUAAGUUAUUAUAAUAUUUUUGCCAUAUUAAUGUAUAUAGAAACAUUCAAUUUGUUGCUCUUACAACUCUUCCAGGCAAAACUUUUUCAUUAUUAAGUUUGCAAAUUUAGCCAGUAUCAAAUCGAACCAUGUAAAAUUGAAUUUACAACUCUUAUUAUAUGGGAAAGCCCCCGAAAUGCGRGGCUUACAGCAUCCACACUAUUGAUCUGUAAAUAACGAAUUUACACUGUGUAGAUUUUUUUAUUGAAAAACUGUAAAAUAAAUGAUCAU